AUGGGCAGAAAAAGCAGGAAAAAACAGAUCCGGUAUUCGGACACAUAUGGCAGGGAAAUGAUGAGCCUUGCCAAUAACCUGUUAGAAAAAGCUAAUGGUCCACCAUUAUCAGGUACAAAGCAGUGGGAAGAAUUCCUAGAAUUACACAAACUGGUGGAAAUAAUCAGAGAAAAACAAAUAGAUCAUAUUCCUAUUGAAACUUCAAGAGAUGAACACAUUGAAGAGUUUUUAACAUGGUUGAAAUACAAUGAUGUUGAGGUUGAUCAUGUAUCAAUAGAGAAAUUUUCUGAAGGGUAUGGUCUGAAAGCUUUAAAAGAAUUUAAGAAAGAAGACACUCUGCUGACUGUACCUAGAAAAGUUAUGAUGACAGUAGAAACUGCUGAAUCAUCAGUUCUUGGUUCACUCAUUUCUAAGGACAGAGUUUUGCAAGCAAUGCCUAAUAUAACAUUAUCUGUUCAUCUGCUUUGUGAAAAACAACUUGAAGAUUCAUUCUGGAAACCAUAUAUCAACGAUAUACUGAAACAGUAUAAGAAUAUUGGCAGACAGUAUGCAUACUUUUAUAAGUUAUUCCAAAUUUUGCCAAAUUCAACCAAGGUGCCCCUGAAGGAACGUUUUUUGUAUGACGACUACAGGUGGGCAGUAUCAACAGUGAUGACCAGACAAAAUCAUAUUCCAGCUUGUGAUGGCACACAUAGGACCACAUCAUUGGUACCAUUAUGGGAUAUGUGUAACCAUUGUAAUGGAGUUAUAACCACAGGAUUUGAUGUGGACACCAACUCACUAUACUGUUUAGCUUUAAAAGACUUUCAAAUCAGUGACCAGAUAUUCAUCUUCUACGGAGCAAGAAAUAAUGCUGAGAUGCUAACACAUGAUGGUUUUGUCUAUUUACCAAAUAGUCAUGAUAAUACUUCCAUUAAAAUUGGCAUCAGUAAGAAUGACCCUUUGUUUGCAUUGAAAGCUGAACUCUUAACCAUGCUGCAUAUUUCUACAUCAAGAACAUUUCAUAUAUUUUGUACAGAGAUACCAAUUCCACCGAUGCUUGUUGCCUUUCUUAAAAUUAUUGUUAUGGGUGAAGACGAGUUAAAAGAAAGGCUGAGGUCUGAAAAUGAUCUAAAUCCAGCAUUACUGUUAGAUAUAGACCAUGUAGCAAGUAUUGAGAAUGAAAUAAAGAUGUGGAGGUUCCUUGAUACCAGACUGGAUUUGUUGUUGAAAAUAUACCAUGUGUCAAUAAAGGAUGAUGAAGCUAUGCUCAAAAACAAUGACCUAACCAACAAUGCAAGACUUGCUAUUCAACUCAGACUUUCAGAAAAAAAAAUACUGCAACAGACAAAAAAAUAUGGACUGAAAAGAAAAGACAGAACAAGCAAACUUAUCGGGAGUGAUGAAGAGAAUGCCAAUGGUGAAUCUAUUAAUGUAAAUGAAGAAGGAAAUAUUCCGCGAUAUGUAAAUGUAGGGACAACUGUUGAUAUUCUAGACAAAAGUUUGAAUGGGGAAAAGUUACUGGCAGGUCUCGAUAUUCAAUAA